CUGAUAUAAAUCAACAGCAUUUUCAUUUUGCUCAUCUUCUUAAGCAAACAUGAAGUCGUCUCCAUUGUCAGUAUGGACGGCUACAUUUUUCCUCGCCCUUUUCUCUCAGUGUGUGAGCGGGAAGGACUGUGUGUGUGAGCUGAAGAACUUGCAGCGUCCUUUUCCAAUGGAGAAACUCGACUCCAUCCAUAGUGCAGCUAACCAAUGCAACAGGAGCAUCACUUCAACACAGUUAAUGGAGGUGGAUGUGUUGAUGCUGGGAGUGCAGCGGCGGCUGGAGCAGCUGGAGGAGAGUGUGUCUGUGUUGGAGAAUGAGGACGAUGGUGAUCUGUAUGGAGCUGUUUCCUUGCGAAUCGUUGAGCUCGAGCUCGCUGAGAUCCAAGAGCUCAUGGGUAAACUGAAGAAAACCAUCAACUCGCACAAGUGGCUCAGUGAGAGCACGGCAACCAAGCUGCAAAACAUGACAGAAGGCAUGCAAGAGCUCGAGGCCUUCGAUCUUUUGCAUGUCGUGAGCAAACAGCGAGAAAAUCAGCGCCUGACGAGAGAGCUGACUGAGUGUCAGCAUGAACUUCAGGCCACUCCUCAGCCUCCCACUCCUCAACCAUACUGUCCACAAGGCCAGCUGGUCAAUGUGACUGGCCCUAGAACUUACGCCGUCACCCAGUAUGGAACCUCGUACUAUUACGGUGCCUGGGGAAAAGACCCAAAACCUGCUCCAGGAAAGGAGGACAUGUACUGGCUGGUGGCUCUGACCAGCAGCGAUGUUUACGCCAACUAUGUGCGGCAUUACAGCAGUUUGAGCACUUUACUGGUAGGCGUGGGUCCUGUAGACACCGUCAUCGCUUCCUCAAACCCUACCACAAACACCAUCAUGGGCCCUAACGCGGUGCAGUAUGGAGACGCGCUAUACUACGGCUGCUAUAAUACACCUGCUGUUUGUCGCUUUAACAUUUCUGACCGCUCCGUCACUAAUACACCACUUCCACAAAACUCUGGCAUCAAUAACAAGUUUCCUUUCGGCCACUUGGACGCCACGUACAUCUACACAGACUUGGAUCUUGCCACAGAUGAAUCUGGUGUCUGGGUCGUCUACACGGCACCUGACAAUUUUGGCAACGUGAUCCUUAGCGAGGUGAUAGAAGAAAGUCCUCCGUCUUUAGGCCGAACGUGGAGGACAUCACUGCACAAGCGCACUGCCACUAACACCUUCAUGGCAUGCGGAGUGCUUUACGCCGCACGCUUCCUGGACCAACAGACAGAGGAAAUCUUCUACUCAUUCGACACAGAGACAAGUGAGGAGCGCUAUGAUCUGAAGAUCCGCAUCAAGAAAAUGCAGACCAAUAUCCAGUCUCUAAAUUACAACCCACGGGACAGAAUGCUCUACGCCUACAGCAACUCAUACAUCGUCUCAUACAAUGCUGUUCUUUGCUCCUGUGAUUAUUAAAUGAAUAGUGCCUUGUACAUAUGUGUCAAUGACAUGGCUCCUCCAUUCCAUAUACACGUGUGGUUUAGACCAGUAGAAAGGCGAGAUCUUCUGAAAAGUCAUAACCGAUUUUCUUUUUAUUGUCUGCAGUAGUUUUAGGGGGGAUUCAGAUAAUACAUGAAUUAAACAUGUGAUUAAAAACAAACAAACAAGAUUUUGUUUUCUUCCACGUCAGAAUCAUAUCUGUACAAAUUAUCUCUCGAGUAUUCCAGAAACAUCUCUAUUAUAUUAUUAACAUCUCUAUAUAUAUUAUAACAUCUCUCUGUAACAUAUCUCUAUAUUAUUAUACAGAGAGGGGGAAAUAAGCAUUAAGACGCUUUUGUAUUUUAUUAUUUAAUACGUCCAGUGCAUAUGCUGUAUCCAAUUCAAAUUUACACGCACACUACAUUUUGACAAAUGUGAACUCAACAGUAUGAGCGGUAUGCACAAACAAUUUAAACUGAUAGGAGGAAAAGUAUUCGGAUACUGUAUUAAAAAUAUCUGCAUGCAAAUGUUGCAUAAAAAUUAAUUAAUAAAAAGUUCUUGAUA